AAACGAAAGAAUCCCAACCCAACGCCAAGAAACUUCUUCCUUCAGUCCAUUAUUAGUUAUUGUAAUUUCUCGAUUAUUAUUUAUUAAUGCCUACUCACUCACUUCUCUCUCUCUAUUAAACUGCAAAAAUGUCACAUUUCAGCAUUUAUGGUUCAUCACAUUGCAACUACAAUUCCAUUCAAUAUUCAAAUGCCAUCAGUAGAGUUUAAAGUUUGAACUCAUUUUGAUACCAGAACUGUUUUGUUUAUAGAAGAUACUCAAAAGAAAGCACUGACAAUGUUAGAGAUCUAGUUCACGAACCUUCCUUUUAUAAAACUUCGAACAGCAAUUUGGGAGAAAUGCGUUAGACAAGAAGAACAAUGAAAUUUGAGUUAGUUCAUUCAACUCAAAAAUGAUUAUCUCCAGCAACUAAGAAAGAUUUUUAUGGUAUUGUUUGUUUUUGUCAUCAGUAAGUGUUUGGCGGUUUCCAGAAUGUGAAAGAAAGAAGAAGAAGACAAAAAUUUCCUUUCUACUGUUGACUACUGGAGUUCAUUCAGAAGCAAAUUCAUUACUUCCUCUUAAAGAAUAGUAUUUUGGUCAGAGCUAUUUGAAGAUUUUGUAGAAACUUUUGUAGAGUUAUCUUCAAGUAUUGGUUUUCUCGACUUUUAAUUUGGUUCGGAAUUGAUUCUGGGGGAGAUUUGUUGUAAAUAGAGGUGUGGUUUCGGAAUCACCUUGCAUCUGUUUUCUUUUGGUGCACAAGGGGGUAUUAAAAUGGAAGAAGAAGCCGAGAACAAGGAUAUGAGGUCAUUGGCCUUGACCCCAACAUGGUCUGUUGCAGUUGUCUUGACGAUAUUCGUCGUUAUUUCAUUGCUGGUGGAGCGUGCCAUUCAUCGAUUGAGUACUUGGUUGCAGAAAACUAAUCGAAAACCGUUGUUUGAAGCAGUGGAGAAAAUGAAGGAAGAGCUAAUGCUGCUGGGGUUCAUAUCACUCCUUUUAACAGCAACCUCGAGCGCGAUUUCAAAUAUUUGCAUUGAGUCAAAGUACUACAAUAGUCGAUUCUCUCCGUGCACUAUUUCAGAUAUUGAAGAGACUGAAUCUGAAAAUGCUUCUGUCAAGUCCCGCAAGCUAUUGAUGGGUUCUAUUCUUCAUCCCACAAUUAGGAGGAUUCUUAAUGGUGGCAUGAACCGAAAUACCUGCACUAAGGGAUAUGAGCCAUUUGUGUCAUACGAAGGUUUGGAGCAGCUUCACCGGUUUAUCUUUGUCAUGGCAAUUACUCAUGUAUCGUACAGCUGUCUGACUAUGUUGUUGGGAAUUGUAAAGAUACAUUCAUGGAGGAAAUGGGAAGAUGAAGCUCAUAUGGACCGGCAUGAUGUAUUAAGUGAAAUCACGAAAGAGUUAACAUUGAAAAGGCAAUCAUCAUUUGCAACCAUACAUGAGUCAAAUUCUGGAAAAAGAAAUAAGUUGUUGGUCUGGGUGAUUUGUUUUUUCAGGCAAUUUGGCCGUUCUGUGGUUCGUGAAGACUACCUUACUCUGCGUUUAGGUUUCAUUACGAACCACCACCUGACGUUAAAAUAUGACUUCCAUAGCUAUAUGGUUCGAUCUAUGGAAGAGGAAUUCCAAAAAAUAGUUGGAGUGAGUGCACCACUUUGGGGAUUUGUUGUUGCUUUUAUGCUGUUCAAUAUCAGAGGAUCUAAUCUUUAUUUCUGGAUAGCCAUCAUUCCCGUUACUAUGGUUCUUCUAGUCGGUACAAAGCUUCAGCAUAUUAUCGCAACAUUGGCAUUAGAGAAUGCUGGUGUAAAAGCUAACAGUGGCGUUAAGUUAAGGCCCCGAGAUGAUCUAUUCUGGUUUAAAAAACCAGUAUUGUUGUUAAACUUGAUUCAUUUUGUUCUUUUCCAGAAUGCGUUUGAGCUGGCUUCGUUCUUUUGGUUUUGGUGGCAAUUCGGGUACAAUUCCUGCUUCAUUAGAAAUCAUUUUCUGGUGUACAUACGACUCGUAUUUGGGUUUGCUGGACAGUUCCUUUGCAGCUACAGUACCUUACCCUUAUAUGCAUUGGUCACUCAGAUGGGAACAAAUUACAAAGCAGCAUUAAUCCCACAAAGACUUAGGGAGACACUUCAUGGGUGGAAGAAAUCAGCAAAGCGGAAAAGACGACUUGGUCUUGUCAAUGACGAUUCAACCAUACGCACCGAAACAAGCACUGUUCUUUCUCUCGAAGACGAUGAACGCCAACUUUAUCGUGAGAUCUGUACAGAAAAUACAGGCCAGGAAAUUGAGUUACAAUCUCCAUACCCCACAACCACGGCUACACUUGAAGUUCCGAAUGAGCACACAAGUCAAGUAGGUGUUCCCUUCCUCAGGGCUUCGUCUUCUGUCACUGCAAAUUCAUAUCGUCCUCACAGAAAUGAAAUAUUUAGAUCUUCUUCGAUGCCAGGUAGAAGAUAGGUAGAAUCUAAAACCGAAAUUUUCCACUAUUAGGAAUUUUAUUAGCUUAUAAAUAGAAUCCUUAUUAAUGGGGUGGUUAAGUUUUCAUAUUAGUUAAUAACCAUAGCUGUACAAAGAAAAUCAAAGUCAAGAUGUAUUGAGGUGGUGGUUAUCUAAGUUGUUUGUAAGUCUUAAAACAGAUGAAGUAGUGUUGAUGGAUGUAUAGAAGAAGCAAGUCUUAGCAUAUCAAAGCCUUAUUGAUUUUCUAGGGAUUUAGUCAUUUCUUCCACCAACAGCUUACAACACACAGUAGUAUUUUUGAGUACUAAUCAGAGGUUGAAGAAAUUUCAGUUCCAUGAAUCUAUUUCCUUUUUCCUUGUGUAAAAUUAGAUAUGUAUCUUGUUCUUGUUCGAUCCAAGCAUGUUCAAGAGAACAUUUUUUUUUAAUGUCAAGUUCUUGGUAUUGUAUUUCAA